CGCCUUGUUCCUAUUUAAUACACAAAAAUAACCUUUCAUUACUUCCUUUCAAAUUUUGCUCUCUGUUUCUUCAAAACAAAGAAGAAAAAGCGAGUAUAAUCCGAAACAAGAACUAUGGCAGCUGAAGUAAGCUCCCUUUUUAGAGUAUUGAGCGGAUACAACGAUGAUCGGACGGUUAACAAUGAACCCGCCGGUGGGAAAUCAACGGCUUUGAUAACCAGGGAUUUGCUUGGCGCUGGUGCCGGUGACUGUGGUGGUUCGUUUAAGGAUGAGUCUCAAGAACUAGACCUUGAUUUGCAAGUUCCAAGUGGCUGGGAAAAAACACUAGACUUGAAGUCAGGAAAAGUUUAUUUACAAAGAUGCAAAUCUUCAAAUUCACCAUCAUCAUCCUCAGAUCAUUGGCAACAACAAACCAAUCAAACAGUUUCAAAGCUACAAGAUUUAAAUUUCCCGCCAUCGCCUUCAAAGAUUACGUUAAAUCUUUUCGAUGAGAGUAACUUGGAACUGAAGUUAUUAGCAUCAUCGUCAUCAUCUCCAGCAGCAUCAAGCUAUUAUCAAAGUGUUUGCACAUUAGACAAAGUCAAAUGUGCACUCGAACGAGCAGAGAAAGAACCGAUUAAAAAACGAUCAUCAUCGCUAUGGAAAUCAUCGUUAUCGCCUUCGUACUCUUCUUCGUCAUCUUCGAUUAAGGAGGUUCAAGACGAUGAAAUUGAAGAAAAAUUUGUACCGUCGCAGAUUGCUGUAGGGUGCCCGGGUUGUUUAUCUUAUGUAUUGGUAAUGAAAAAUAAUCCGAAAUGCCCUAGAUGCAAUACAAUUGUGCCGGUGCCACCGGCUAAGAAGGCUCGUAUCGAUCUGAAUAUGUCGAUUUGAGAUUCGGUUAAGAGUAAAUUAAUUAUUUAGGUAUGAGCUUUGAUGAUUAAUUAUCGUGAUAUUUUUGUAAAUAAUAGAUGGAAUUUAAGGGCUCGAAUGAUAGGAAUAUAGAUAUUAAUAUUGAAGCAGUUAUGAUUUUUACUUCCAGUAGCAGAUGUGCAUUUUUUGCAUUGCCUUCUGUUGACUUAUAUAUCAAUUUAUUCCCCAAA